UCUCACACUGUAUAUAAAGCUUAACCAAGCUGGGAACUAAGACAACAAACUCAACACAUACCAAAGAUUCAGAGAAAUAUUUUGUGAAGUCAUUAAUUCUUAAAUCUUGUGAUUAAAGAUGGCCAGCAACAGCAGUUCAGUCUCUUCAUCAGCUAAAAGGCUAGAUGGUAAAGUAGCAGUCAUCACUGGAGGUGCAAGUGGAAUUGGUGCUACCACUGCAAAAUUCUUUGUCAAGAAUGGGGCUAAAGUUGUAAUUCUUGAUGUUCAAGAUGAUGUUGGCCUUUCACUCUGCAAUGAAAUCGGCACAGAACACAUCUCGUACGUCCAUUGCGAUGUCACCAACGAAAAACAAGUUGAGGAGGCUAUUGACGUUGCAGUGUCAAAGCAUGGGAAGAUCGACAUUAUGUACAACAAUGCAGGCAUCACAGGAAGCAUGGCCCCAGGAAUUACCACCAUAGAGUUAGAAAACUUGAAAAGAGUAUUCGACAUCAACGUGUUUGGCGCCUUCCUGGGCGCCAAGCACGCGGCCCGCGUGAUGAUCCCGGUUAAAAAAGGUGUCAUCCUAUUCACCGCGAGCGUGACAGCCGUGGUAGCCGGGAUGUCACCUCACACUUAUGCUUCGUCCAAGCACGCCGUUAUGGGGCUAAUGAACAACUUGUCUGUGGAAUUGGGACAAUAUGGGAUAAGAGUGAAUUGCAUUACACCAUCUGUUGUGGCUACACCAAUGUUAACUAAUUUUGUUGGUGGAAUUGAUCAGAGUAAAGUGGAUGAAGCACUUAUGAAAUCAGCUAAUUUGAAGGAAGCAAAAUUAGAGACUGAGGAUGUUGCUGCAGCUGCUGUUUAUUUGGCAAGUGAUGAGUCUAAGUAUGUGAGUGGAUUGAACUUAAUGAUUGAUGGAGGUUAUAGCAAAACUAAUCCACUUUUUGCUAUGUGCAUUAGAGAUAUUCUCAGUGGCUUUUAAGAAGAAUUUUGAGACUCUGUUGUCUCUAAUAAUAUGUUGAGGAUUUGCAUUUUUUAACUUGAACACUGUCUCCUUGUCAAAUAAAAAAAAAUUGAGUUAUUGAUUUAUGUA